ACGAUCGUCAGGUGACGGUCGAUCAAUCGGGACGUCACGUAAGAAACAAUCGUCAAAUUAUCGCCAGAUCCACGUAGAAGUGAAGGUUAAACGUUACGAUGGCCGAUCGCUACUACCGCCUUAUCACCUUGCUCGUCGAUGUUUGCACGCCUGUCCUUAGAGAGCUUUUCCUGUACUAUGCAAAGGCAGAUACUUCCACGCCGUUCAUAGACAUCCAACAGUACAUGGCAGCAAAGGAACCAAUUGUUCGUCAGCUAAGAGGUCUCCCAAAGCAUAUUUAUGAGAAGAUUUACAAUUCAGGACCUAUUGACGAAAGUAAAUAGGACAUUACUGGCAUAACGUGUUUGCUUCUUGGCAUUUUUAGUUUGCCAAUACACGUGAAAGCCAGCGUUGAACAGAUAAGAUCUGAAAGAAACAAGCUUCAGCAUAUUAAACAGCUACAGAGCUUAACGGAGCAAGAGUAUGAACAUACAUGGAGGUCAAUCGAACAAAGUAUUAGCCAACUCGUUUCCAAUUUGACUGCCGGAUUUCAACAACUGACAACUGACAACAUAAAUAAAGCAAAAAUAGGUAACCUUCCAAAUAUUUGCAAUACGCUCACAACUUGGUGUCUGGGUAUGGCUGGCGACCUAGAAGAAAUAAAAGAGAAUACAAAAGUAACAAGACAGAUUGUAGAAGAGGUCGCAGAAGAGCAAGUGGACAGCAAAGGAACAGUUAAAAAGCGCUUUAAAACAGCUGAUAACAGGUUAAGGCGAAUGAAAGAACGCUUUGAGCUUACGAUGUCUAAAGAGCUGUCGGAUAAAUUUGAGCCACCUGCAUCUUUCACACAAGUACGAGACUAUCUCCAAAAAAAGCGCCAUGUUAUUGUCACAGGGACCCCUGGUCGAUCGUAUCUGCAGGUUGCCUUGUCCGCAAUAAAAGUGAUUAAGCCUACACCUAACGUUAGUGGUGAAGUAGCUUCUGUUAACGAUUGGGACAGUAUUGAACCUUCCGAGAUUAAGUUAAUCCUUUGCCAAAACCCAUUCGGUGACGAAGUUUUUGAUGCUCUUAAGGCGCCUCCGAUGCUUGAUGGCCUUAAGCGGACUCUUAAAUCUGUUAAUGCUGGAGAGUUGACGCUUGCAAUUGUGACAAGGAAAGAUGUUCUUCUCCAAGCUCAAGUUUCUUUUGGGAAGGACAAUAAUGUGUUACAAAACAUUGUUGAACCGUAUCCAGAAACAACGGAGGACAACCCUGAAAUCAUCAAUCCUAGAUCCGGGAUGAAUUAUAGCAUACGUUCACAAAGCACGACGAACAGCGCUUUACAAGGUAAAAUCAUACCUAGUCAAUUUAAAGAUAUAGUGUAA